AUCGAAAUUGAGUAACACUUUUCUCUCUGUGGUUGAGUGCGUGAUCCAUCCCAGGUUCGCGACCUCACCACAGCAGACCCGACUUGCCCACACCCGAGACUUUGAACUCUUUGUUGUGUUCUGCAACCAAAGCUUGUGUCGUAGACUUGCUUGCUCACACGCUUACCUUCCCCGUCGUUGAACUUCUCUCUUCCUCUUGACUGAGCAAGGGUAGUUGCCUCGCGGUCUGUGUGUGCCUCCUUUCCCUCUGGACUUGCCUGCCCCUGUGAUCCUUCCAAAGGCUUCCAUCGGCUGCAAGUGCAAAGGCGACUCGACGGUCUCUCGCACUCUCUCGGCUCGUGCUCUCAUCCUGGUCUAGGCACUUUGCCUUUUUUCCGGUUGCACGACAAGCUUGUCUCGUUUGUGGGCAAGUCGGAUCUCCCCCCCCUCCCCUUCUCUCUCCUCUCUUCCUCUUCUUUUCGUCUUUGAGGUACUACUGGGCACACGGUGGAAGCCAUGUCCAACUCAAAGCACAGCCGUGCUCUCCCUCUGCCGUUAUACGUUGCGUUGGCGCGCGAGGCAGCAGCGUUUGCGACUGACCAGCUGGCGCACAGCUCGCAGGUGCGGAUGGCGGCGUUCCGGCCGAGCCCGGCGCUCGAGGCCCAGCUUGACCUGGUUGUCGAGCCGCGCGAUGCCAUGCCGGAGUCGUUUGAAGAGCAUUCCGGCAAGCUGAUGGUCAUGUUUGUGAAGAAGCCAUCCGAGCAGCGUGUGGUCCGUGCCAAGGCCUGGGCUUCGCCGCGCGGCUUCAAGUCUCUCAAGAACGAGAACGCUGACAUUGCCUCGUCGUACCGCCACCGCCGCGACAAGGCCUGGUCGUACAAGAGCUACCGCAAGCUUGUCGACGCCGGCGAUGACGGCGACGGCGUGCCUGCGGUUGUGGUCUUGCAUGUCGUCCAGCGGAACGGGGUCUCCGGGACCGGCCGGCUUCCGCCCAUGGUGGGGCCAUCAUCGUCGUCAUCGUCGUCGUCGUCGUCGCGGUCGAAGAAGGCUUCGAAGAAGGCCUCCAAGAAGACCUCCAAGAAGAAGUCCCCGCUCCCGCUCCCGCUCCCGCUCCCCAUCCCUAGCUGGAGUCGGACCCCGGACGGUCUCCCGCUGCCCGUUCCUCUCCCGGCGCCCGCACUCCCGGCGCCCACACUCCCGGCGCCCGCACUCCCGGCGCCCGCACUGCCGGCGCCCGCACUGCCGGCACCCCAACCGGUGGUCGCCGCCUCGGCCCCGGUCGCUGACAUGCUUCCAGUGACCCUGCAGGGUGGGCCGGGCAACCUCGAUGUGUUCGAGUUCCCGAGCCUGGAUCUCAGCCAGCCUCCAGUGUCGACCAUUGAUGACGAGGUCCCGAUUUCGCCGCGCAGCAUGUUCCGCUUUUGCCACAUGUCGUCGCCGCCGCCGUCGCCGCCGCCGUCGCCGCCGCCGCCGUCGUCCUCGAUGCCACGCCCGCUGGUGCGCGGCCCACUGCCGGAGGGCCUGCUGGAGGCUGCGCGCAAGCCGCUCCGGCCCACCGUCUCGUUGCCUGCGACCGACAAGCUCGACGCUGCUGCGCACGAUAUGCUGCUCGCACAGGGAAUGUCGCCGCGCUCGUUGUCAGACAUGGCGCUCGGGCCAGCCAAGGCUGGAGCUUGUCCCGCCGCCUUUCCGCCGCUGGGCAUCAAGCCGGUCCACCAGGCGCUCCGCGAGUCCAAGCUCGACCAGCUCGUCGAGGGUUUUGCGACCGCUCGGACUGGCAUCCAGUUCCCGCACCGGCGCAUGCUCCGCCUUGACCCCACACUCCUGCUCGGUUGCGACGACUCGUCGCUGGGCAACCCCACGAGCCCGCUUGACGCCGGCUCGUGGGCGAUGGAUGUUGUCCUCUCGCCGCGGCAGUUUUAGCUGCUCGUAGCCCAUGUUCUCCGCCCCCCACCCCGCCCUCCUCCUCCUCCUCCUCCUCCUCCUCCGCCUCUUCUCUCCACCGGCUGUUGUCGUCACUCUGUGCUGCCACCCCACCUCCCCGCCCGUCCACUCCAUUCCGCUGCCACAUCCACACACAUACGGACACACACACACGCACACACAUGCAUCGGCACGUGUCGGUCGUCGGUCGUUGUAUCCGCCUCGCCUCGCGGUCGCCAAGAGUGCCCGCGCGCUCCACGCCAUCUCCCUGGCGCGGGGUUCGCGGCCUCGUCACUGGUGUGCCUCCGAGCCCGCGCUCAUUGUCACCCCCCACUGUAAUCUGGACAUCAUCAAAUAAGCGCAAUUUUCCAAA